CCCCCCCCCCCCCCCAAAAAAAAAAAAAAGUUCCAAAACCAAACACAAAUUUGUAGUUGCUAUUAGGAACCGAAAUCCAAAAUCUAUUUCUUUUUUUUUUGCUUUUUUGUGAUACAAACAAACAAUUAACAAAGAAGGGGACACAAAUUUUGAAGUUAUAAUCGUAUUUCUCAGGGAAGGAAGAAGAAAGUAGAAAGAAAGGAAGGAAGGAAGGAAGAGAAAAGAAGAAUGAGCUUCCAAGAUAUUGAGGCAGGGAGGCCGGAACAAUCCUUUGGCUUCAAAUUCAAUGAGCCUUCUCAGUCUCAGUCUCAGUCUCAGUCUCAGUCUCAGUCUCUAGCUUCUGGGAUUUUCCAAAUCAACACCGCCGUCGCCUCCUUCUAUCGCCUUGUCAAUUCCCUCGGAACCCCCAAAGAUACUCUCCAACUUCGUGAGAGACUACAUAAGACAAGGCAACACAUUGGGCAGUUGGUGAAGGAUACCUCGGCUAAACUUAAGCAAGCUAGUGAAAACGACCAGCAUAGAGAAGUUACUGCUGCUAAGAAGAUUGCGGAUGCUAAGCUUGCAAAAGAUUUCCAGUCCGUUCUUAAAGAAUUUCAGAAGGCUCAGAGACUUGCUGCUGAAAGGGAAACAACAUAUGCUCCUUAUGUUCCCAAAGAAGUUUUGCCAUCCAGUUACUCUGCCCAUGAGCAGGAUGUCAGUUCGUCUAGGAAUUAUGAACAGCAAGCUUUUCUUCCAGAAACCAAAAGACAAGAGGUUUUAUUGUUGGACAAUGAACUCGUAUUCAAUGAAGCCAUUAUUGAAGAAAGGGAACAAGGGAUCCAAGAAAUUCAGCAACAGAUCAGUGAGGUUAAUGAGAUUUUCAAAGAUUUAGCAGUUCUUGUCCAUGGGCAAGGAGCUAUGAUUGAUGAUAUUAGUUCUAACAUUGAGAAUUCCCAUGCUGCAACUACGGAAGCUACUACACAACUUGCUAAGGCAUCCAAGAGCCAAAGAGCUAGUUCAUCUCUGACAUGUUUGCUGUUGGUGAUUUUCGGGAUCAUCCUGCUGAUUGUUAUUAUAAUAGUGGUUGCUUGAGAAAUCUGCCAUCACCGUAUGAGUUUGUAAGUCUAAGGCAGGCAUGGUUUCUAUAGUUCCUUGGGUAGUGUUUAUGGUUUCACUUAAGAGUUCCGUCCCAUCUGCAGCUGGUGAGGUCAACCAGAAUGCAUAGCACUUGCAAGGAUAUUGCUUGCUACUCCCGCUAGCCUCUUUAGUAAAUAUUAUCAAUAAUAAACUGUAAAUUGAAGGUCUAACAUACGGUUUAAGGGACAUACUGCAAAAAGGAAAAAAAGGUUCAUUUGUUAAUAAAUUUGAAAUUCUUCCUA